UUGUUUCCAUUUCCAUGAUGAUUCUUAACUUAUACCUCUCCGGAGGAUUUCCUUCACUUCUCAAUAUUCUUACCCUUUCUCCUUCUUCAUCCAUUUUCAUCAAUAUGAAUAUGGUUAUGGUUUGUUUCUUCAACUCCUUCCUUUCGUUUUCAAAAUCCAAACAUGGAUCACUUGCUUUUCCUACUCAUCCUUUGUCUUUUCUCAACUUCUUCCUUCUCCAUCCACAAUUUCCACCAAUCUUUUCCCAUUGUGGAACAUGAUCCUGGUCAUACAAAACUCCGUCUUUCAAGAGAAGGUUUGGAGGCGAUCGAGAGAAUAACAAAUCCCAUUGCAUCUGUGGCAGUGAUUGGGCCGCAUCGUUCUGGAAAAUCUUUUUUGCUUAAUCAACUUCUCUCCCUUUCUUGUUAUGAAGGAUUUGGUGUUGGGCACAUGCGCGACGUCAAGACAAAAGGAAUAUGGGUUUGGGGAACUCCUAUAGAGGUUGAUAUCGAUGGAGUAAGAACUUCUGUCCUUUACCUUGAUACAGAAGGAUUUGAAAGUGUCGGGAAGUCCAAUGUAUACGAUGAUCGGAUUUUUGCUCUUGCCACUGUCAUGAGUUCUGUGCUCAUAUAUAACUUGCCUGAGACGAUACGAGAAGCUGACAUCUCUCGGCUCUCUUUUGCGGUCGAGCUUGCUGAAGAAUUUUAUGGGAGAGUGAAGGGCAAUGAUGUGGCCUUUGAACCUGCUAAGCUAUUGUGGCUCAUCCAACGUGAUUUUCUACAAGGGAAAUCAGUGCAAGAAAUGGUGAAUGAAGCUCUUCAACAAGUCCCCAAUACCAAUGGGGACAAAAAUAUUGACUUGGUUAAUCAGAUCCGGGACUCGUUGGCUAUGAUGGGGGACAACAAUACUGCCUUUAGUUUACCACAGCCACAUCUCCAGAGGACAAAGCUUUGUGAUAUGAACGAUGUUGAACUCGAUCAUUUAUAUGUUACGAGAAGGGAGCAAUUGAAAGAGCUUGUUGGCAGUAUAAUCUCUCCAAAGAUUGUACAGGGAAAGACUUUAAAUGGGACGGAAUUCGUCUUCUUCCUCGAGCAGAUACUUGACGCCUUGAACAAAGGAGAGAUUCCAUCAUCAGGCUCUCUUGUGGAGGUUUUCAACAAAGGUAUUAUUGAGAGAUGUCUCAAGUUAUACAGCGAAAAGAUGGCCACAUUGGAUCUACCUCUUUCAGAGGAAUCUCAACAAGGGUUCCAUGAUCGGUCUAGAGAUGAAGUCAUGAAAGUUUUUGAUCAGCAGCAUUUUGGCCAUCACCAUGCUAAGAAAUCAAUCAUGCAGCUGGAUGAGGAAAUACAAAAGGUGUAUAAGAAUGUUAUUUUUCAAAACGAGUACCAAUCUUCAAAGCUCUGUGAGGCACUGUACAUCAUAUGUGAAGACAAAAUGGAUCAGCUUCAAGUUCUCAGACUUCCUUCCUUGGCAAAAUUUAAUGCAGGUUUCUUGCAAUGCAAUCAUCGUUUUGAUCAUGAAUGUGUUGGACCUUCAAAGACAAAUUAUGCGACACGGAUGAAUAGGAUGUUAGGGAAGUCUAGGUCUCAAUUUAUAAAGGAAUACAACGAAAGACUUUUCAAUUGGUUGGUGGUGUUCUCGCUGAUUGUGGUAGUGAUUGGUCGCUUUAUUAUAAAGUUCAUUUUGAUUGAAAUUGGAGCAUGGACACUCUUUAUAUUUCUGGAGACAUACACUAAGAUGUUUUGGUCAGUAGAGUCACUUUACUAUAAUUCAGCUUGGCAGUUUAUAGUUGCAACUUGGGAAACUCUUGUUUACAACCCAAUCUUGGAUCUUGAUAGAUGGGUGAUACCCCUUGGUGUAAUGAUGUCAGUGUUUAUUAUCUAUUGGUGGAGUUAUGGGAGGAAAUAUGGAUCUCAUUGGAUCUCAAUGACAAAGAACAGACUAAAUCUAUAGGAUGUAUAUAUAUUCAUGUUUCUAUAAGCAAAUAUGCCUUCAUUUGUUCA